AUGGCCCCGUCGCCGUCCUCGACGACGACCUCGGUCCAAGUCGCCCUUCGUAUCCGCCCUCCUACUUCCCAAGACCUCGUCUCCAUCCCCGCCAGGUUCCAGAAAACCGUGAUCCACGCCCUUUCGCCCACGACCGUCGCAGUCGAGUCUACAGGUGUAUCACAAUCAGGAGGCAACACGCCAACAUCGACGGCGUCCGGCUCUUCCGCCGCGAAAGACAAGAAGCAACUGUUUACAUUUGACCAAGUCCACCCACCCAGCGCAACGCAACAUGGGCUUUUCACAUCAACUGCUGAACCACUCCUGGCCCGUUUCCUGGAGGGCUUUAAUUGUACCAUUCUGGCGUACGGUCAAACAAGCAGCGGCAAGACCUUUACGAUGACUGGCAUAGACUUGGAUGCUGACCCUUCUGACCCCAAUAAUGGGAUGGGUAUCAUCCCUCGAGCGGUCUCUACCAUUUUCUCCAAAGCAAGACAGCUGAAAGAAGAGCGGGGCGACACCUGGAACUUCAGCAUCAAGGGCUCGUUCAUCGAAAUAUACAACGAGGACUUGAUCGACCUUCUCAGUAUGGAUGAAGCUGGUGGCCGAAGAGAGGUUCAGAUACGCGAAGACAAAGAUGGCCACAUUAUCUGGGGUGGUCUUAGAGAGGUCAAUGUCAAAACUUCUAAUGAAGUCAUGUCGCUGAUUCGCAAGGGCACAUCCAUUCGUAGAACUAAUGAAACAGACAUGAACGCCCAAUCUUCGCGUUCGCAUGCGAUAUUCUCCCUCACUUUCAUUCAGAAGAAAUUCGUUGGCAGUGGGCACCCUCCUCGUUCCAGCUCACCCCUUCCCCCUGGCCGUUCACCUUCUCGACUAGCGCGUCCUGGUUCGAUGUACAGUAACACUUCGAUGGCUGGUAACAGAGCUUCUUCCCCAACACCUGGACGCCCAGGGACUCCAAGCUUUGCUUCAGCGAUGGGACGGGGAGGUCUACGACCUUCCAGCGCUCUCGGCCACAUAACCGAGCGUCCGAAGCCUGGAGGAGAUGAUGAAAGCGGCGAAUGGAUCACAAUAACUUCCAAAUUCCAUUUCGUUGACUUGGCUGGUUCCGAGCGUUUGAAGCGCACGAUGGCGGCUGGAGAAAGGAUCAAGGAAGGCAUAUCUAUCAACAGCGGUCUUCUCGCCUUGGGGAAUGUUAUUUCUGCCUUAGGCGAUCCAUCCAGAGCGAAGUCACACACUGCAACCCACGUCCCCUACCGAGAUUCAAAGCUCACUCGCUUGCUCCAAGAUUCUUUGGGUGGCAACGCGCAUACCCUCAUGAUCGCCUGCGUUAGCCCUGCCGAAUGGAAUACCGCUGAAACAGUCAAUACGCUGAAGUAUGCGAACCGUGCUCGUAAUAUCAAGAACCGGGCAGUAGUCAAUGAGAAAGAGGAUGGUUGGGACGAUGUCGAGUGGCUGCAGGGGACGGUUCUGAGGUUGAGAAAGGAAGUGAAGGUGCUCAAGGAUGGAGGCGUGCCUGACGUUCGAGCAAUAGAGCCGCCGGCACUUGAAGGAGCAGGAAAGAAGGUACUUGCGCAGAUGAGCGACCUCCAAAGUAACUACGAGGACCUGCGCGAGAAAUUCGUAGAGAGGACGGAAGAACUCACUCGUCUUCGUCGCGAGCUAGGCGAGCGGCAUCGCACUUCAAGUGCAGGAUCUGUAGGGGGCACUGCUAAGUACGAAGAAAUUGUGGGGCCGGUUAUUGAGGAGUACGAGAAGACCAUUGCUGCUAUGGAGGCCGAACUUAAUCUGAACCGGGCGGCUUUGCGACACACGAACGAAAUGGUGGAAGAGAAGGAGGAUGAGCUCGCCACCAUCACAGAACGACACGCCGCCACCGAGCUGUACGUCGAAGAGCUUCGGACCAGAGUUGCCAAAUUGACUGAAAGGGAAGCAUCCACGGAGGCAUACGUCCAUGAUUUAGAAGAGAAGAUGAAGUUAUACGACGAGACUUCUAUCAGCUCUAGUGAAUCAAUGACGGACUUGAAGAGGGAGAUUAAUCGGUUUAAAGAUACAGAAUCUCACUCCGCGAAGUAUAUUUCGGACCUAGAGGCUCGAUUGGCACGUUCGGACGAGUCUAUAUUGGACUUGCAAAAGGUCAUAGAGAGGUUGGAGAGCGAAUGCGAGAGACGUCGAGACGAAGUGGAAAACCUACAAUCUCGUCUGGAGUCCCUUCGACAGGAUGGAGAGAGCUGGAGGGCUGAUUUAGAGGAAAGAGAGCAGCGAGUAAAGGAGCUCGAGGGGCGAAUGGAGGAGUGGGAGCGGAGGCGACAGGAAGCUGGUGAGACCCGUGCUCGGUUGGGUGCUGUUGUCGGUGAGGUAGCGUUGGCACGACGAAGCCUCGAGCUGGAUCUCGCAGGCGUGAAUGGGGCGUCGUCGUCGUCUGUCGGUUCAACUCCGGUACAUACCAACGGGCAUACGUCUCCUAUUCCGGAGGAGCCGGCCACGCCUACACGGACUGAGCAGUCAUUGGAGGGUCAAUUAUCAUCCUUGCAACAAACCCAUACUGCUACUCUCGCCGACUUAGCCUCUGUCACCUCGAAAUAUCGUGACGCUCUUCGUGAAAUAUCCGACCUUGCAGCUCAGAUACAAGAAGCGAAGCUAAGUAGCUCUGCGAUUACCGACUCUCCGAGGUCCGAAACCCCCGUCGAUCCUCCCCGCCGCAGACGACUUACUGGUGGACGAAACCGAGAGGCUAGCGACCCUCAAAUCCAACCCGCUCUUCCUGGGAAACGGCCUUUUUUCAGGCAGGCGGCCUCAGCGGAGUCACUCCACUCGAGGUCGCUCUCGCAAUCGCUCUCACUCUCGCAGGAAUUAUCAUCGGCGCGCUCUCGCAAAGCCUCCUUCUCCACAAGUAGCUCGCAUUCACCGUCAAAUUCACAUUCCAAUAGUGCACCCUUCGCAAGUCCCCGACCGAAUCUCUCAAUUUCUCUUCCAGCAUCCAAUGAGCGCUCAGUGGCAAGCCUAGAGUCGGAAAUAAUGAGGUUGCAAGACGUACUGAAAGAGCGCGAGGCCGAGAUUGCUGCAUUAGAGAUUUCUUUGCGAGAGAAGCCCAAGGUCCCGUCAGGGUCACCCACAUCCAUAGACGACAUCGACACUCCUCCGUCCACGCCUCCGAACGAUGUUCUUCCAAAUGGUGACCAGAGCCUUGCUUCUUAUCUUACCCCGAAAACUAUGGGGCAGUUCGAGAAUAUCCGUCGAAGCAUGGAACUCAACGGUCGCGACCAUCUGUUCGAAAACGGCUCCGAGGUAGCGAGUAAUGUAUCCGAAAUGGACGAAUCUUUGGAUCGAUUGAAUGAGCUCAUGCUGUCGAUGGCACAGAAAGAGGCAUAUCACAAGGAAGUUGUUGACACCUUGAACGACCAAUUAGGCCAGGUCAAAAGGCAGCUUGAUGACCUCACAACACUGUCCCGAGAUCAGGCGCUAAACAUGUCAACGGAGAUUCAGGCUCUGCAAGCGAAACACUCUCAUGACUUGGAACUGCUUGAAGAGGUUCGAAAGCACGAAGCGGAACUCGUCACCAACCUCAAAGAAGCAGAAGCAACUCAUCUUCAGGCCGUCGAGGACAUGCGGCUUGCCCAUGAAGAUGCCCUCAACGCUAGAGGUAUAGAGGUUGAUACCCUUAUAACGAGCAUGAAGGAAGAGCAUGAUUCCGCGUUGGAAAAGCUUCGUGCCGAGCUAUCUGAAGCUUCUACGGAGAUCGAGAAGCUGCGGCACCACCAUGAUCAGGCACUCGCAAAGGCCCACGCUGAACACGCUGAGGAGCUACAGCGACAGGGUAAGGAGGCUGAAGACAUCCUUGACGCCGCGCAGAAAGCACAUGAGGCCGCCGUGGCCAAGCUUGCUCGGGACCAUGAGGAAUCUCUAAAGCAGAAAGAAGCCGAAGCUACUGCUGUACUCCAAACUACCGAAGAGGAGUACUACAACGCCCUUACGAAGCUUCGAUGUGAUCACGCUACCGCUCUGGAGAAGCAAGCUACGGACGCCGCCGCCACUCUUGAGCGACUACGUGAAGAGCAUGCUGGCGAGCUGCGAAUCACCGAGAUCACGAAGCAAGGUUCAAUUGCUGCUUCCGAAUCAUCACGUACACUAGCCCUACAGGAGUUACAGGACGAGCACGCUGCCGCUAUCGCACGGAAGGAAGCAUCACAUGCUGAUGCGGUUGAACAGCUCAAAGCAGAACACCUUCGCGCUCUCACGACCAAGGACGAAGACUUCACUCUGCAAUUGGAUCGGUUACGCGCUGAACAUGAGAGUACCACAUCACGGCUCAAGGAGGAGUGGAGAGUUGAGACCCAGAAGCUGAAAAAUGCACUCGCGGACAGCGAGGAACAAGUCCAAGCUGCAGCGUCAACCUCGACUAAAGUCCGUUCGGAGAUGGAAGCCAAGAUUCAAUCGUUGCAGGAACAGCAGGCUCUCAUUCUGAAAGAAGUCGAGCAAGGCCAUGAAGAGGAUGUAGCUGCUUUGAAGCGCACUCAUGACGCCGCCCUCUUGUCCGUAGAAGCAAAGGCCCAGCAAGAUCUUGUUGACCUUCUGAAAUCUCAUACAGAAGAGAAGGUUCAACUACAAGCAGAGCACCAACAAGCUCUUGCGGACCUUAACGCAGAAAUGGUAGCUCUCCGGGAACAGCACCAUGAAGCGUUGGCCUUGGCUAGGUCGCAUAGCGAAGGUGUACUUGAAGAAGAGCGCCAGCGUCUACAAACCACCCUCGCUGAUCUUGAACGUCAGCAUGCCGAGGAGCGGGAUAUUCUUCGCAAGGACCAUGAUCUCCUUGCACAAGAAUUGGAGAGUCACAAAGUCGCCGCCGACGAAUUUACGCUCAUACAGGAGAGCAUGCGCGAUAGUCACGAUCAAGCACUUGCUGAGAAGAGCGCUUCGCUUCAGCAAGUCCAGAAUGAACUGUCCAAUGUGAGCACCGAACGGGAUCAGCUCCAAGCCGAGCUUGCUCGAUUGCGAAGUGAGCUAGACAAGACGCACUCCGAGCAGUCCAAACUCGUCCAAGAGGCAUCGAAGCGACAAUCAUUGGUUGACGAAUUGGAGAAGCAUCGGUCAGAGCUUGCUGAAAGUCAGGAACUCGCUCAACGCCUCAGAGAUGAGAAGGACAAUCUUCUGGCAGAAAAACAACGGCAAGACAGUGUUAUCCGCGAUCUGCAAGCACAAGUCGCUCGUAGCUCCUCACCACCCAAUGGAAGGCCGUUAACUGGGUACAACAGAGGCACUGGACUCCCCACGAUGAAACUCCCCCCGCCGACCCCACCUCCCUCGGUUCCACCACCACCCGCUCCCCGCUCCCUCCACCUCAACGGCGAUCACAAUUCCAGCAUCAGCUCCCAAUCUUCAUCCGUCACGAUGUCUAAUUCCUCCAAAGAAUCUCAGAUGGAUUCUCCAACUACCUCCGUUGGCGGUUCGAUCAAUGGCAUGGUCACUCCUGUCCCUGACGCCAAGUUCACGAUACGGCUGGAGCAACAGGCGAAGCAGAUAGAAGAGCAGGAAGCAAUGAUCAAGACUCUGAACAAGCAGCUGACGCAUUGCGAAAGUGACCUCCAGACUCACAUGGAUCUCGUUAGUACGUUGGAAACUUCACUAGGAGAUUCUGAAAAGAAUCUUCGUAAAGCUCGUAUGCAUGCCACAGAGCUUGCUCGUGAGCGCGAUACGCUGAACGUUAAGAUCGAAGGGCUGCGCUCUGAAUUAACCGAAGCGAGACGCGAAGUUGCCACUGUUCGCAAGUCGAUACAGGAAGAGAAACUGUCUCUUGAGCAACGAUUGGACGAGGAGCGCAAGGCGAAGGAGCGCGUGCGCGCUCAGCUGGACACUCGGAUGGAAGAACUACAACGAAAGAAGUCCAAGUUCGCUUGCCUAUAG